AUGUGCAAGCGUUGCGAUGCAAUUCUUGAGCACCCUUAUGCUACAAAGAAGGAUGCCAAUGGGAGGGUUGGUCGUCAUGGCACGACGACUAUUACCCGUCAUCUUCAGACCUUAACCUACCAAAAGGCCACUAGAGUACGGCAACAAAGGGGGGGAUUAAAGGGAUUUCUGCACUCGUUAUUUCUAUCGAAGCAGAGUCAUCCAGCCGAUCGACCGUUCUCGCAAGAGGCCUGGGAGGAUAAACUCUUACAGUUUAUCACCAUUAACCGCCUUCCGUUUAAUCUCGUUAAACAUCCAACCUUCCGUGACUUGAUCUCGCACUCGCAGUCCGCCCCAACUCCAAGCCUUCCAAUCAUACAAUCGGCUGAUACAAUUCGACGUCGGCUGUCUGUUCGUGUCAAAGAACAACAGCGGGAUACACUCGGCUUGCUACCAGAGCAUGCGAAGAUCUCGGUUGCGUUGGACUGUUGGACAUCCCCGUUUGGGCAGGCGUUUAUGGCUAUCACUGGCUAUUUUAUCGACGCCGACUGGGUCUACCGCGAGGUGUUGCUUGGCGACCUUGAAGGAACCCUCCCAAACACGCCUCCUCCAUCAACUGGCCCGGAGUCAGACACCGAAUUUGUGCAGAAUCUUUUCCAUGAUGCCAACCAUAUUGCUCGCACUAAACAACUUCACGCUAAACGCCACACAGCAACCUGUUUCAAAUACCGCCCCCAUGGUUCAAUGCAUAUUACCUGUCGCUUUGGCAUGCCCCGCGAUCUUAUCGACGCAUCCAAAAUCGACGAGCACGGUAUCAUCCACCUUGCCCGCAACCAUGGAUGGGUCAAUCCCUGGAACCCCACGAUUGCUAGCUGCAUCCGAUCAAAUCAUGACAUCUCCUGGAUUCCAACAGUAUCAAAAUCUCUAUCUCUUUUGUACUACAUCACUAACUAUGCCACGAAAGAUGACAUUUCGCCGUGGCAGGUGGUGGCUAAGGCCGCUUUACUGAAACAAAUGAUUGAUCGUGCAACCUUCACACCUGCUCCUACUACCGCGGAUAUACGGCUUCGACAAAGAGGUAUGGACAAAUUUGCCCUUCGAUGCUUCAACAGUCUGUCACAAGACCGCGAGAUUAGCGGUGUGCAGGUGGCGAGCACGUUGCUCCAACUUCCCUCAUACUACACGCUCAACUACAAUUUCACACGCAUUAAUCUCUGGUGGCUCAGGCGAUAUGUUCGCUCAAUGGUCCCGCUAGAACACCCCCGGGACUCUUUGCCGUCUGACACGAUUAGAGAGGAGCCGUGUAGCUAUGAUCGCGGGGUAGCUGCACCAGCGAAUAUCUUCGAUAACUACAGGUGGCGCGGUAAUCUCCUAUCAUCUCUGUCCAUUUUCGAAUACUGUAUGAUAGUACGCACCAAAAGACUCCAAGAUGCGACCACAGAGGAUAUAUCCUUCCAUGAGGCACAUCCGAGGUACCGUACACAUAUACAGAGACUCGCUCAAUCUCCGUCUCAGUCGGCCACGGUGACCUUGCAAGGCGAGCUAUCCGGAUUCCAGACCGCCGAGGAUUCCGUACCAGGUGGCCACCCCAUAACCACUGCAAUUCAGAAUGACGUGGCUGAGAUUCUUCUGGGACUAUUCAUUCCUUGGCAGGAUAUACCCUCACUUGCUCAAGUUCCUUCUUCAACAUCCGAAAAUUUUCACGACGUUCUGCAUAACGUCUGGUUGUCUGUAGAACCAACACUCCCAGCAUUCAUUCGUACCUUCGCACGAAACAUCGAACUCUUGAGAAAAUCCAAGAGCGACUGCCAAGCUGAUGCUCUGCUGCGAAGUCGUUCCACUCAACACACGUCCCCUGUUGACCAAGAUCUGGGUAAUCCUCCUUACUCUGCGUCAGACUCCGAAAAUGAGAAUCCGGAUCUACCGCGAACCGCGGACAAUUCUUUGAGCAGCGAAACACUCAUAGCGGCCUUUUUUGCGAUAAGUCAGCGCUGA